GAUAUUUCUCAUUUCUCAACUAAAAAUUACGUGUCUUCCUCUUCUUGUCUGGUAGAGUCCCAAAAACAGUGAACUCUAAUUCCCAGAACUUGCACAAGUCUCGCUCUCCUUGAAUCUCUUACUUCUGUAUCUUCACCAAUGGCACCCGCUCCCAAAGACGACGGUCUGAAGAAGCUCGAAUACUUAUCGCUCGUAUCCAAGGUAUGCUCGGAACUGGAAACGCAUCUAGGGUUUGGAGACAAAGUUCUCGCCGAAUUCAUCACCGAGUUGGGCCGGGACUGCGAGAUCGUGGACGAAUUCGACGCGAAAUUGAAGGAAAACGGCGCCGAGAUGCCCGAUUACUUUGUACGUACGCUUUUGACAAUAAUACACGCUAUUCUUCCUCCGAAGCCGAAGUCCGAGAAGGAAUCGAACAAAGAGAGCGCUCCGGAUGAUAAGAACACCAAGUAUACGGCGCUGGUGAUUGCGGAUAAUAGGGAUAGAGCUAAGGAGAUCGAGAGGGAAAUCGAAUUGGAGGCCCAGGAGCGCCGUAGAGACAGGGAAGAACCCUUGGAAGAAGAUAGGCAUAGAGCGAGAGACCGGGACCGAGGCCGGGACAGGGACCGAGACCGAGGCAGAGACAGGAACCGAGACAGAGACCGAGACAGUGGUAGAGAUGGAAGAGAUAGGCGCAGGGAUAGAUAUGAUAGAGACGAGAGGCAUAGAGAUAGGGAUAUCCAUGGUGAUGAGGAUGAUAGAAGGGAUUACAGGAAUAAGGAAAGGCACAGGGAUCGACACGAGAAGAAUGGGAGAGACGAUGAAAAUGUGGAUGAUAGGGAUAAUGGUGAAAAGGAGGAUUAUCGGAAAGGAGGUAGAGACCUGCACAAUGGGCGGUAUCAGUCCAAUGAGCCCGAAUUGUAUAAGGUUUACAAGGGUAGGGUUUCAAGAGUGAUGGACACGGGCUGCUUCGUGCAAUUGAAUGAUUUGAAGGGAAAGGAGGGUUUAGUACACGUUUCACAGAUGGCGACUCGGCGGAUUGCUAAUGCCAAGGAUGUGGUGAAGCGGGAUCAGGAAGUCCACGUGAAGGUGAUUUCGGUAUCGGGUCAGAAGCUGUCUCUUUCGAUGAGGGAUGUUGAUCAGAAUACUGGUAAGGAUUUGCUUCCGUUGAAGAAGAGCUCAGAGGACGAUACAAAUAGGACAAAUCCGUCCGGCGGGUCAAGGGAGGGGCCAGUGAUGAGGACGGGUCUCUCGGGGAUCAGGAUUGUGGAGGAGGACGAUGGUGUGCCUUCACGUAGACCAUUAAAAAGGAUGAGUUCACCGGAGAUAUGGGAAGCUAAGCAGUUGGUUGCUUCGGGUGUUAUGAGUAUUACAGAUUACCCGACGUAUGAUGAGGAAGGAGAUGGAGUGCUUUAUCAAGAAGAGGGUGCUGAGGAAGAGCUUGAGAUUGAACUGAACGAGGAUGAGCCAGAAUUCUUGCAAGGGCAGAGCCGGUAUUCGAUGGAUAUGUCACCUGUUAAGAUUUUCAAGAACCCAGAAGGGUCUUUGGGUCGUGCAGCUGCGCUUCAGUCUGCACUGAUAAAGGAGCGGAGAGAGGUGAGGGAACAGCAACAGCGUACGAUGCUCGACUCUAUUCCAAAGGAUCUGAAUCGUCCUUGGGAAGACCCUAUGCCAGAUAUGGGUGAGAGGCAUCUAGCACAGGAGCUUAGAGGUGUUGGUUUAUCCGCAUAUGACAUGCCUGAAUGGAAGAAGGAUGCUUAUGGAAAAUCCAUCAGUUUUGGGCAGAGGUCAAAGCUCUCCCUUCAGGAACAAAGGCAAACCUUGCCAAUCUACAAACUAAAGAAGGAACUCAUCCAGGCUGUGCAUGACAAUCAGGUCCUAGUUGUCAUUGGUGAGACUGGUUCGGGUAAGACAACUCAGGUAACUCAAUAUCUUGCGGAAGCUGGAUAUACUACGAAGGGGAAAAUUGGUUGUACUCAGCCCCGUAGGGUGGCUGCCAUGUCCGUGGCCAAGAGGGUUGCUGAAGAGUUUGGCUGUCGGUUGGGUGAGGAAGUUGGAUAUGCUAUUCGUUUUGAGGAUUGUACUGGUCCAGAUACUGUCAUCAAGUACAUGACAGACGGCAUGCUUCUUCGGGAAGUUUUGAUCGACGAGAACCUUUCUGAGUACUCUGUUAUUAUGCUUGAUGAAGCACAUGAGAGGACAAUGCAUACAGAUGUUCUUUUUGGAUUACUUAAAGAACUAGUGAAACGGAGACCUGACCUUCGCUUGAUCGUCACCUCUGCGACACUGGAUGCAGAGAAGUUUUCAGGGUAUUUCUUCAACUGUAAUAUAUUUACAAUUCCUGGUAGAACUUUUCCUGUGGAGAUACUCUACACGAAACAGCCAGAAAGCGAUUACUUAGAUGCAUCCCUAAUUACCGUGCUACAGAUCCACUUGAUGGAACCUGAAGGAGACAUCCUUCUCUUCUUGACUGGUCAGGAGGAAAUUGAUUUUGCAUGCCAAUCUCUUUAUGAGAGGAUGAAAGGGCUAGGUGAAAAUGUUCCGGAAUUGAUUAUUCUACCAGUAUAUAGUGCACUUCCUAGUGAAAUGCAGUCAAGGAUAUUUGACCCUGCCCCGCCGGGGAAGAGAAAAGUGGUAGUGGCUACAAAUAUUGCUGAGGCAUCUUUGACCAUUGAUGGGAUUUUUUACGUAAUUGAUCCUGGGUUUGCGAAGCAAAAUGUAUAUAAUCCGAAGCAAGGGCUUGAUUCACUGGUCAUAACUCCUAUUUCACAGGCAUCGGCCAAGCAACGAGCUGGGCGUGCUGGUCGUACAGGGCCUGGGAAAUGUUAUCGCCUCUAUACUGAGAGUGCAUACCGCAAUGAGAUGUCCCCUACUUCAGUUCCUGAAAUCCAGAGGAUUAACCUAGGGCAGACUACGCUUACCAUGAAAGCUAUGGGGAUAAAUGAUCUUCUAUCUUUUGAUUUCAUGGACCCACCUUCCCCACAAGCGCUCCUUUCUGCCAUGGAACGGCUGUACAGUCUAGGAGCUCUUGAUGAGGAGGGGCUUCUGACUAAAUUGGGCCGGAAAAUGGCAGAAUUUCCGCUUGAACCACCAUUAUCUAAGAUGCUACUCGCCAGUGUGGACCUUGGAUGCAGUGAUGAGAUUUUGACAAUCAUUGCAAUGAUUCAAACGGGCAAUAUCUUCUACAGGCCUCGGGAGAAACAAGCCCAUGCAGAUCAGAAGAGGGCCAAGUUUUUCCAGCCUGAGGGAGACCACCUGACGUUACUUACAGUUUAUGAUGCCUGGAAAAAUAAUAACUUUUCUGGGCCAUGGUGUUUUGAGAACUUUGUUCAGUCUAGGUCCUUGAGGAGGGCUCAGGAUGUCAGGAAACAGCUGCUCACCAUCAUGGACAAAUAUAAGUUGGAUGUAAUGAGCGCAGGAAGGAAUUUUAUAAAGAUAAGGAAGGCAAUAACUGCAGGAUUCUUUUUCCAUGCUGCUAGAAAGGACCCACAGGAGGGUUAUAGGACCCUGGUUGAGAAUCAGCCAGUUUAUAUCCAUCCUAGCAGUGCUCUUUUCCAGAGACAACCUGACUGGGUCAUCUACAAUGAGCUGGUUAUGACCACAAAAGAGUACAUGCGGGAGGUCACUGUUAUAGAUCCAAAAUGGCUUGUUGAACUGGCACCAAGGUUCUUCAAAGUGGCAGAUCCUACAAAGAUGAGCAAGCGCAAACGUCAGGAAAGAAUCGAACCGCUUUAUGACAGAUAUCACGAGCCUAACUCUUGGCGUCUGAGUAAACGUCGCGCUUGAGAUGCGUCCCACUUUGAUUGUACAUCUUGUGAACCCCCGCCCAUGCGGCGGGCAGGGGUUGGGACAAGGGCACACCCCGGACGGGGCUGCGGAUAGCACCCCUAUCUUCUGUAAAGGUUAGUAUUGCCCCUUGAAUAAUUUUGAGGCUAUUAAAUUAUUAAUUCCAGUUAGGUGGUAUUCCUCUAUGUGUA